AUGAAGGCCUCGACCGUCGCCACCAUCGCCCUCUCCGCCGUGAGCGCUCUGGCAGCGCCCACCAAGACGCUGGGCAAGCGCGCCGCCAUCACCGACACGCCCGACAUCGGCUUCGCCACGCUCAACGGCGGCACCACGGGCGGCGCCGGCGGCUCGACCACGACCGUGUCCAGCCUCGCCCAGUUCACCGAGGCCGCCGAGGCCGACGGCGCGGCCGUCAUCGUCGUCUCGGGCGCCAUCUCGGGCAGCGCCAAGGUCCGCGUCGCGUCGGACAAGACCAUCAUCGGCAAGGACUCCAGCGCCGUCCUCACCAACAUCGGCCUCUACAUCAACAAGGUCAAGAACGUCAUCGUGCGCAACCUGACCAUCAAGGAGGUCGUCGCCGACAACGGCGAUGCCAUUGGCAUCCAGGCGUCGACCAACGUGUGGAUCGACCACUGCGACCUUUCGUCCAACCAGGACAACGGCAAGGACUACUACGACGGUCUCCUGGACGUGACGCACGCCUCCGACUACAUCACCCUGUCGAACAACUACCUGCACGACCACUACAAGGCGUCGUUGGUCGGCCACUCGGACUCGAACGGCGACGAGGACACCGGUCACCUGACCGUCACCUACUCGAGGAACUACUUCCAGAACCUCAACUCCCGUGGCCCCUCGUACCGCUUCGGCACCGGCCACAUCCUGAACGGCUACUACGAGAACGUCAGCGACGGCAUCAACACCCGCCAGGGCGCCCAGCUCCUCGUCGAGGGCAACGUCUUCACCGGUUCCAAGAAGCCUCUCUACUCGACCGACGCUGGCUACGCUGUUGACACCGACAACGACUUCGGCGAUGGCGAGAACACUGCUGAGGCGGGUUCCAUCUCGGCCUCCGACCUCGGCUACGAGUACACUGCCCUCGCCUCCUCCGAGGUCAAGGCUGCCGUCGUCGGCACCGCCGGUGCCACUCUCACCUUCUAA